CAUAAAACUCCCAAAUCCAAAAUCCUCCCUUCAUUCUUCAUCUCGCUUCUUUCCUUUCGAGUUUAUUCUACUAAAGCUCUCAAGAAAAAAAAAAAAAAAAACCAAAAAAUGAAGCUUUUGUUAUGCAUUGCUUCAUUAUUAUUAAUAGGUGUGGCCGAUGGAACAAGCAGAAAUGAUGCCAUAUCCGAAGAAGCAGCGGACACAAGUUGCACCACCGUGGGACUGAAGAUGAUGGAUUGCACAGGUUACCUUAAUGCGGGUUCCAAGACGAACAAACCCGAUCAAGCUUGUUGUACGGCGUUAAAAACCGUCUUGUCCAUCAACGCCACGUGCGUUUGUGCAGCCGUCCAUGCCGCGGCAAUUUACGGCAUCAAUCUCAACAUGUCUAGGGUUCCUGGUUUGCCUAAAUUAUGUCACGUCAAUAACCUUCCACCCGCUGCUCAAUGCAACAUUUCUGUGGCUCCAACACCCUCACCUAGUGUCCCGACACCAUCGCCUAGCGUCCCGACUCCGUCGCCGGCUACUCCUCAACCUUCUGUUCCUGUUAAACCUCCUACCAAGCCUCCUACGACUGCUCCACCGCCAUCAUCGCCUUCGCCUUCAAUGCCUACUCCGGCACCACCGAGCCAAACACCUACUGCUCCGCCACCAACAACACCGGCGGCUCCAGUUCCGACAACUCCUACUUCUCCGGCGCCGACUACACCCAGCUCUCCCGCGCCAGCGACUCCCACCACACAAGCACCGGCACAGUCUCCUAAGUCUAACAGUGGAAUUUCCAUUGCACCUCUAGGUUUAAUUUCCGCAGUGGUGGCUCCGUUCCUAGUACCGUUAUUUUAGGUGAAAUGAUUCUUUUUGGGUUAAAUUUUCAUUUGCUAGAUUACGAGGAUUUCCUCGUGAAUAAUGAUUGAGAUUUGUCAGCUAUUUGUGUAGAGAACAUGUUUUUAUGUUUGAUUGAUUUGUUCGAGUUCAUUCGGUUUUUAACCCUUGUUUGGCUUAUGGAUUUGAACUUACACAUUUUUAUGAAUGGC